AUGUCACGAGCCACCACUGUGAACCACACCUCACCCCCCCCCUCACCCCUCUCCCCCUCCCAUGACCCUCCCAGCCCAGAUGUGAGAGCGCAGAGGGGAGCCAGAGGGGAGCUGGCCCUUUAUGCCGAUGCACACACGGCCGCGCACUCGCCUCCAACUCCCAAACAAGCAAAAAAGAGCCAAGCGGGACUUUCUCAAACUAUUUCUAUGAGGGGUCUGGCUUGUGUCUGCCGAGCAACAUCUGCGGCGAAAUGGGGACUUGCUGAAAGAAUUAAGGCAGGGUCACGGGACGUGGGGCGGUUGCAGCUACCAGGGGUGACUGACGAGGGGGUGUGUGGGUUUGCCUAG